AUGGACCUCGAAACGCCCGGGGUGGACGAUACCGAGACCGUCGACACAAGCAUGUUCAGCCAGUAUACUCUAGGCUUGCGAUCUGGCGGGUCGCAUCGUGGUGUCAAGGUGAGCCACAAAAAGUCGAGGUAUGGCUGUAAGCGAUGCCGGACAAGACGCGUCAAGUGCAAUGAGCAGAAACCAGUCUGUGAUAAUUGCAAGCGGCAUCGGUCAGAGUGCAUCUAUGAUCGCGUGCCGCCCCUGACCACACCAGUUAUUUCUCCUGCUCCUUUUCGCCCCGAGUCCGCGGAGGCUCGCGUUGCCGCCGCCAUUGCCCGCAAUAUCGAGAACUCACAUCUAUCUGAUCCUCCAGAAUCACGAGAGCGCCGCAUUCUGGAAACAAGGUUAAUGUAUCAAUAUGCAACUUCGACCGGCGCCACCAUUGCCAUUGACGACAAGGCCAAGGGGCUGUAUGUGAACAUGGUCCCAAGGCUGGCCCUCACCUCGGACGCUUUGUUGUAUUGCAUGUACUCGCUUGCUGCUUUGCAUUGCAAGGUUGUUGGUGACCUCAUGGGUCUCGUCAGUCGUGACGCUCAUCGAAAGUACCUCUCCAUGGGUCUGCGCGAGCAUAACCUAGCCAUUACCAACAUAAACCCAGAGACCGCGGACGCAAUAUGUUUGACCUCGACUCUCCUCCGAUGCUGCUCCUUCAUCUUGCUACAGGAUCGCGCGCGCCAGCCAUAUACCCCGCCAGUCGAGUGGUUGAUGAUGAAUGCGAGUACAAAGGCCAUAGUGGCCACAGCAUUUGACCUGCCCGGAGGCAAGGAAAAGUCUGUCGCCGCCAUGAUGGUCGGUUUCUCACCUCUCGUAUCCAACGAGCAAAUGCGAUUUGAUCCGGCUCAGAGACGUGGAUUAGAAUUAUUACUACGAAGAGACGACAUUCGCGAUGCGACGGAGCCUUGGGACCCCGAGUCCCAAGAUGCGUUUGAAUCUACACUUAGCUAUUUGGGCGGGGCGAUUGAAACGGCACGAGCUGGGGAUAGACACGACGGCCUCCGACGGCUCAUUAUAUUUCCCAUGUUAGUAAAGGGAAGGUUUAUAGAAUUGGUUCAGGAAGGGCAACCUCGCGCAACCGUCUUUCUGGCGUAUUAUUUUGCUCUUUUGGCUCUACAUAAGGACAGAUGGUGGAUCGGAGAAGCAGGGGCUCAUGAAGUACGAGAAAUGGCGGCCCAUUUCACUGGCCAUUGGCGAGCACUGUUGAAUUGGCCGUUAAGAGUUGUCGAAACGGGCGAGAUCCCUCCACUUGGCUGA